AUCGCCUUGGACAUGGAUGCAGGGAUGGCUUCAUACGUGGGGGCUGCAGGUGUUGGUGCGGCCUGGGGGGCGGGAAGUGAGGCAGCCAGAGCUGCAGCCAUCGAUGGAGCGGUCAUUUUGGUUUCCUAUGUAAAUGGUUUCUGAUGGGUCUAUGAUUUGGACCGAGAUGCUACUGUAGUCCUGCUUCAAACGAUGGUCGAAGGCAGCCGAAAAAUGUUCAACGCACACAAUACGUUUAUCUACUACUCACCAUUCGAUGUCUGUCUUCGGGAUGUCUCGCUCAGGGAGAAUAACGUUGUUGCUCAUUAUUGAUGUUAUAUUCUUCUUCAUUGAACUCAUUGCAGGUUAUGCUGUUGGUUCACUUGCCCUUGUCGCCGACAGCUUUCACAUGCUCAACGAUGUGAUAAGUCUUGUGGUUGCUCUCUACGCCAUUAAGUUGUCACAAAAAAGUGCCAACGAUUCUAGAUAUUCGUAUGGGUGGCACAGAGCCGAAAUUCUCGCUGCUCUUGUCAAUGGGGUUUUUCUCCUUGCGCUUUGCUUCUCCAUUACAAUGGAAGCCUUGGAGCGCUUCUUCAGCACACCAGAAAUUUCCAAUCCUCGUCUCAUUGUGAUCGUAGGGUCAUUCGGUCUAGCAUCAAAUAUUGUUGGCCUCUUUCUCUUCCAUGAACACAGUCACGACCAUAAGACCUCUCCGACCCCAACACGUUCUUCGAGCACCUCCCAGUCAGAACAAGCUGUAGACGAUGAUGUCACUCCCAGGAAGAUAUCUGGACGGCCUGAUAAUCAUGAGCGCUCUGGCUCAUAUUCGUCGAUGUUUGGACACCCCUUUGCGACGCGUGCGUCUGUCGUGCAAGCUGCUCAGGACAUCGCAUCCCCGCCUCCGCACACGAGGCGAUUGAGUACUUCCAGCCACGUGUUCGACGAGCGCCUCCCACUCCUCGGAUCCGAAAUAACCGUAGCGCCGUCUUCUAAGAGUAACACAAUCCACCAUCAUGGUCACGCGCAUGGCUCUAUGAAUAUGCGUGCCCUAGUAUUGCAUGUGUUAGGCGAUGCCCUAGGGAAUGUCGGAGUCAUCGCUACCGGCUUGGUCAUCUGGCUUACAGAGUGGAAAUACAAAUUUUACUUCGACCCUAUCAUUAGUCUUGUGAUCACUGCCAUUAUCUUUUCGUCUGCUCUGCCAUUGGUCGAGAGCGCGUCUUUCAUUCUCCUUCAAGGUGUACCGCCGGCUAUAUCCCUAGACGAUGUCCGGGAAUCCAUUCUGAAUGUAGAUGGGGUUCUUUCCGUCCAUGAAUUGCACGUGUGGCAACUCUCCGAAUCCAAAAUCGUCGCCUCUGUACACGUGAUGGCAUCACGAAACCAUGACUUCAUGCCUGUUGCAGCAGAAAUUAGAAAAGCUCUUCAUUACCACGGUAUACAUUCUAGUACUAUUCAACCCGAGUACCAUACUCGCCACCCAAACAUAUUUCCAGAAGACCACUUGAGGACAUCCAUGGAUUCAUCGUGUUUGAUACUGUGUCCAGCGGAUCAAAACUGUGAUCCGGUAGAAAACGCUUGCUGCCCUCCGCCCACACUAGGCGUUUAAAAAACGUUUACCCAUGCGUGUAGCACCACUACUAUGUCUAUUUAUGCGUUUCAGACCCUGGUAUAUAUCAAGAUAUUAUAAGCCACUGGUAUAUACGGAAUUGGUU